AUGUCCUCAUUUCCCGGGCCCUCCUCGUCACUGUGGCCGUCUUUUCUACUCCCAGCCAUUACCAUACCCUUCCGCCAACGACGGACGGCAGCAGAAAACAACGACGUAGACUCGCCGCCCUCGCUGAGCUCCUCGGUCGAAUCCGCGACGUCGUCAAUCGCGCCGCCGGCUACUGCCACCCUCCGUUGCGUGCACUGCUCCACGGAAUUUGCAUUCAACUCCCAAGUUGUCUCCAAGGGUUUCACGGGGAGGCACGGGCGGGCUUACCUCGUGGCGCCCCCAUCAUCGCGCCCGACGCCGACGUGUCCAGCCACCGAUACCCAGUCUGCGAACCUGGUCAACGUCAGCAUCGGGCGCGCCGAGUCUCGUCGCCUAUCUACCGGUGCGCACGUGGUCGCUGACAUCAACUGUUUGCGGUGCGGCAUCAAGGUCGGCUGGAAGUACAUUGACGCCAGGGAGCCUUCGCAAAGGUACAAGAUCGGCAAGUUCAUCCUCGAGACGUCGCACGUGGUGGUCUUUCGGGAUUGGGGUGCGGAAGACGGCGGCCAAGGUACCUCCGCCGACGAUGUGGUUAUGGAUCAGUCCGAGCAGCCCCGCGACUCGGUAGAAUUUGACUCCGAGGACGAGGAUGAGUGUGAUGAGCUGUUCUCAGGGACCUGGGAUCCUCAUACGAGCGCCGUCAGGAAGAGGGCAAAGGAGGAGGCCUCGGCUCGGUUGUCCAGGACGCGGAUGGAGCUUGACGCUGCGAGAGCCAGGCGAUGA